UUCCACCGGAAAUCAUGCAAUUGAUCACACCACCUAGUUCUGAAGCAUCCGAUUCACCUACAAGUUUUUUACCUAGUACACCUGGUACACCAUUCUCAACAACAACACAGUUAAUCGAUGAUCGUUGUUCACCAUUGCCUUCACCAACGAUAAAUAAAUCAAAUUUACGUAAAAAACUUCGUAAAAAUCCAUAUCCGGUUCGUUCGCCAGAUAGGGAAACAACUGAAGAUACAAUGUGUUUAAGAAUUAAUGUAUACGAUAUUUACAAGAAAAAUCCAAAAGCACUUUUAGAUAGACCACAAUAUAGAAGAAAUGGUUAUAGGAAAAUACAAUCCGUUUGGGAAACAAAAAUUGAUAAAACUCAACCACCGCCACCACCAUUACCAUUUGAUGAAUUGAUGAGUAACUUGGAAGAUUUAGAACUUAGUAAUAAAAUUUUAGAUACAAUCGAACGUCCAAAAAUUACUUGGAGAGGUCCCGAAUCAAAUGUUGAAAUAUUACCACAUGCAAGUGUUUUACAUAGAGUUGAAGCGAAAGCUUGUGGAAUUUUAAGAUUAUCACCUGAACAAUACAUUAAUUCUAAACUAAUUAUUCUUACUGCUGCAAAAGAAUAUAAAGAAAGGUCUAUUCCAUUUAGAAAAGUUGACGCUCAAAGAUUGGUCAGAAUAGACGUGAAUAAGGCUUGUAAACUUUGGGAAUUCUUUUCACAAGCUGGAUGGAUUCAUAAUUAA